AUGACGACCCAGUACACCUUAUCCUCCUCUUCGUGGACUGGAGACAGCCUCGUUCUGAGAGAUGCUGCUGGCAGGAGAAUGCUCACCUUUCCGAUUAUCUUCCUGACCGAAGGUCAUGUGGCCAGCUGGGACUACAUCUACGAAGUCCUUGGCAUGUGCUUCAAAGGUGCCGUCAAUCUGACCACUCUCGAUGGUACGCUCAAGACGAGAACAGACCGCGUCACAGCUGGAACCCUCGUUGUAACGUCAGACGACGCAGGUGUGACGCCUGUUCGAGGCCCUCGAUUCAAGGAGAAGUUUCGUGCUCCCGCUGAUAGGGACGACAAUAGCACCAUGAGCCACUCGUCACGCUCAUCGGUAAAUCAAUCGCCAUUCCGUACCAAAUUGACAGGCAGGGAUGCUGUUUGCUUGGUCACCGAUUCUGACCCGGAUCGUUGCACGGCCGCACACAUUUUGCCCAUCUCGCGCCCGGAGUACUACGUUGAGGUGCUCGGACUCGAUCAGGAUGCCCCACUAUACUCGACAGCAUACGGCUUGCUACUCCGAAAAGACAUACACAGUGACUUUGACCAAGGCAGAAUUGCCUUCUACCCGCACAGGGAUCGUCUCAUUGUACACGUCUUCGAUCUCGACCCCAGCUAUCGCCAGUAUCACGGGAAGAUCCUCCGUCCCGACCGGUUCCGCGCUGGAUCCGAGGCUCCAAGCGUGGACCUCCUGCGCUUCCAUUAUCGACACUGCUGUAUCAAGUACAUGAGGGGCUAUGCCGCCUUCAUGAACAUUCCCCAGGGGGCAGUGAUGGUAGAUUCGAGCGGGCCUUGA